GAGAGAGAGAGAGAGAGAGGCAUUGAGAUCUACGCAAAGUGAGUGAGGGAGUUAGUGAAGUGGGUUUGCUUGCAAAAGAAGGUUGAAUGGUUUGAGCUCUCCAAAUGAACGUUGAACUUGAAUCUUUACUUUCGAAUAUUGGAGCAUCCUUCUCUCUUAUUCUUUCUUUUGAUCUUUUCUUUGUUUUAUUCAUCACUUUUGCAAAAUCUCGCUACCUGCGUAUUCCUCAAGUUUUUCCGUUAAAGCUCUCUCUCUCUCUCUCUCUCUCUCUCCCCUAUUCAUAUGGGUUGUCAUUCUUUGUUUUCUUUACUUUACAUUAGUCCUUCUUAAGGUUGGAUUCAAGAUCACAGUCACAGCAUUUUCGCCUUCCUAACCGCCAUUUCCCCAAUAUCCAGGGUGGAAUUUUAUAUGAGGGGAGAAAAUAAAUUUGAAGGGAUUUCAUUAUUUUUUCUCAAUGAAAAGGGGAAGAAGAGCGUUGUGAUCACUGGCGUAAUCAUCCUCAAGGGUUUCUCAACAAAGAAUACUACAUGAAUUAUGAAGUCACAAAUAUACUGUGUGGCAUUAUUUUUUCUUUUAUUCUUCACUGAGCCAACUACAGCUGACAUAGAUUCAGAUAAAAAGGCCCUCCUUGAUUUCAUUUCAGUUGUUCCUCAUGGCCACAAAGUUAACUGGGAUCCAUCUACCCCAGUGUGCACAACUUGGGUUGGUAUCAAUUGCACAUUGAAUGGUUCUAAUGUGGUUUCCAUCCGGCUUCCUGGUGUUGGACUGUAUGGCCCAAUUCCUGCCAACACUCUUGAGAAGCUGGAUGCACUUAUGAUCCUUAGCCUUCGAUCCAACCGACUCAAUGGGACACUUCCAUCUGAUGUUCUAUCCCUUCCUUCACUUCGCUAUGUAUACCUUCAAAAUAAUGAUUUUUCGGGUAGUAUUCCUGCUUCUCUCUCUCGCCAUCUCACUGUUUUUGAUCUAUCCUUCAACUCCCUUAGUGGCAAGAUUCCAGAUACUGUUCAAAAUCUAUCACAUCUCACAUGGCUGAAUCUCCAGAACAACUCCCUCACUGGAUCCAUCCCUGAUUUUAACCUUCCAAAGCUCAAGCAUUUGAAUUUGAGCCACAACCACUUAAAUGGUUCAAUUCCUACUGCCCUUAAGAUAUUUCCUGCUUCUUCAUUUGAAGGGAACAUGAUGUUAUGUGGGCCUCCUUUGAAACAAUGCAUUUCACCUUCACCCUCUCCUUCUCCUUCUCCGUCUCCUUCUCCUUCUCCUUCGCAUUUACCAUCUGAGCCAACAGCCCCACUGAAAAAGGAAAAUGUCCCAAAAAGGAAACUAAGUAUAGGGGCUAUUAUUGCUAUUGCAGUUGGGGGAUUUGCAUUGCUUUUUCUUUUAGUUUUGCUGACUGUGCUUUGCUGUUUGAAGAAAAAAGACAGUGAAAACAGUGGUGUAGCAAAAGCAAAGACUGGAAGGAGUGAGCCACCGAAGGAGGAUUUUGGGAGUGGAGUACAAGAGGCCGAGAAGAACAAGUUGGUUUUCUAUGAAGGUUCGUCUUACAAUUUUGAUCUAGAGGAUCUACUUAGAGCUUCAGCGGAAGUGCUGGGGAAAGGGAGUUACGGGACAACCUACAAGGCCAUCUUGGAGGAGGGAACAACUGUAGUGGUUAAGAGGUUAAAAGAAGUUGUGGUGGGGAAAAAGGAGUUCGAACAGCAAAUGGAGAAUGUGGGGAGGGUUAGUCAGCACCCAAACGUUGUGCCUCUUCGUGCUUAUUACUACUCAAAAGAUGAGAAACUUCUUGUUUAUGACUACAUAGCAGCCGGUAGCUUCUCAGCAUUGCUACAUGCAGGAAUCAAGGAUAAUGGACAAAGUCCACCAGACUGGGAAACCAGGCUUAAAAUUGCCAUUGGAUGUGCAAAGGGCGUUGCCCAUGUCCACUCUGCUGGUGUAGGAAAAUUUAUCCAUGGAAACAUAAAGUCAUCCAAUGUCCUCCUCAGUCAAGACGUCAAUGGUUGCAUCUCAGAUUUUGGCCUUGCUCCUCUUAUGAACUUUCCCACUGUCCCUUCUCGAAGCAUAGGCUAUCAAGCCCCUGAGGUAGUUGAAGCUCGGAAAUUUACCCAGAAAUGUGAUAUCUAUAGUUUUGGUGUUCUUCUCCUUGAGAUAUUGACAGGAAAGGCACCAGUUCAAUCGCCAGGACAUGACGAUGUUGUUGAUCUCCCAAGGUGGGUUCAAUCUGUCGUUAGGGAGGAAUGGACAGCUGAGGUGUUUGAUGUAGAGCUUAUGAAGUAUCAAAAUAUAGAAGAGGAGUUGGUACAGAUGCUUCAAGUAGCAAUGGCAUGUGUGGCGAUAGUGCCAGACAUGCGGCCAACAAUGGAGGAAGUUGUUAGAAUGAUUGAAGAAAUCCGGCCCUCUGAUUCUGAUAGCCGGCCAUCACCAGAGGAGAAUAAAUCCAAGGACCCAGUUACUCAGACCCCAUAAUUGGCCUGCCCUGCCGUAGGCUUUGUUAAGGUUUGUCAUCCCUGUUUUAUAAAAUCUAAAUUGUCCAAUGGUUAAGAUAUACUUUCAUAAUGCCUGUGUGUUCUGGCUAUUAUAACCAGACUACGCAGAGCAAAAGGAUAUGACAUCUUUUGACUCUGACGAGUCCAAUUGUGUGAUUCUUUCUACGGUCUCUUAGAUUAGUAUAGCUUAAUUUGCUUCUCAUUUUUUCCCCUAAGUUAUGUGCAGAAAAAUUGUGAUUUAUUAGCCUUUGUUCUUGCUGCUGUUGGUCCUCUCAAGCCGUUCUGUAAAAUUAUUACUUUUCUGUAAAUGUCAUAUUUCACAGGCUUUCCAUUUCCGGAUCAGUUCCAAAAGUAUAUUUU